AUGGCCACGUGGGAAAACCUUCCUCCGGAGAUGAUCACGAGAAUCGGCGAUUUUGCCAACUUCGGAGCCAAGUGAGUCAGUUUCCACGAGUUCAAGAUGGGAUUUGAUCAUGCUCAGACUGGCUCUGGGUGCAUGUGCGAGAAGGGAAAGAGACGCAGUCAGCAAGUCCAAAAUGAGCCUCAAAAAGGUCUACAUCAGUCUGACUCGGACAGUGACGGCAAUCGAAAUAGAGGAGAUCAAUGGCCACAAAUGGAAGGCAAAAAAACUGCAGAAAAUCACUCCGUACGUGAAUUUUUAUUGGAAUGAGAAGUGAAGUGGGAAUUUCAGACAUCCGUAUGAGAGCUCCUAUUACCAAAUGAUCGAUUUGCUCAAAAAAGCAAUCAGUUUCACCAGAGAACCAGCUCACAUGUUCACUUUCUCUGGCGAAGCGGUCCAAUACGCCGAGAUAAUGGAGAUGGACAAUCUGAGAAUGGCGCCGGAGAUCACACUCGCCGGGCACUCCGCCGAGCUCAUGCUCGUCAACUGGCCGAGCAACUUUCCCGUCGAAACUCUUGAGAAACUGACGCUUAUUCCGUGGUUCAGAGACGAGGUUCCACACUUUCCACACGUUUGUUUAAGAUGAGAAUAACAUGGGAAGUAAACUCACUUUCAGUGUGAAACCAUCGAGCAUCUAAUAUUGUGGAACGUUGCGAUUCUCGACCUCAACAUCUUCACAAACGCGCCGAACGUCAAGAUCCUCUCGAUCGAAGGGUCCACCUUCAACAACGUGGCGCAGUUCUUCAUAAACUGGUCGGAUUCAACGUCUGGAAGCCCUCAGAACCUUUGCGAAGUCUCGCUCAACGGACAACUCCAAUGGAACAGAGUAAAGUUCGAAUUGCGGAAUUACAUUCGAGAGAAGGUUCCGGAAGCUCCAGGACAAUCGGACGAGUACCUGAUCUAUAGAAAGAGCGACGGCGCAGUGGCCGACAUGACUUACAAUCGGAACCGAAUCAAUUUCUCGUUCACACCGGGCAAGUAUGCGGCGGUUCGGAGUUGGCUGCCAUUUGAGCAAAUGGAAUUGGAAGCGGAUGAGAUGGCGGAGCGAGUAUUCAGAAGAGUACGGGUGCCGACGUUGGAGAGAAGAGACGGGAUGGUGGCCGCGAAUCCGAGGGACCGACCGUACGGACCUGGCUUCUGGCAUUAAGAGUCUCUCUUUCUUUUUGUGAAGUUUGUUUCAAUAUUACUCUAGAACGGUCGCUGCAUAUAUUUCAUAGGGUUCUGUUGGCUAACAAAUGAAUUUUCAAUAACCUUCUAAGCAUAAAAGUUCUCAACUGCCGGUCAUGGUUCCAGACCAGCCAGACACGGGUUCUCAUUAUGACUAACAGUCUUCUGUCCGUCUCAAAGAAGAAGAGAAGAUUAGACCGACCAGGUAGGACUUUGAGCGGAGAACGAUUCGAUGUGCCUCCAGAUCCAAUGAACCAUCAACAGUACUCGCAUCCAUGAACCGCCCUUCCGGAAGACAUCUUUUUGUCCCUUCAACUUCCCGUUUUCUUCCUCACUUCAACUCAACUUUUGCUCUUUUUUUUCUUUUUGCAAGUGAAUCCGCACAUUGUCGCGUGCUUGGCAAGAAAUUGAGUUCCGAGUUUCCGUCGUCGCAUUGCCCGCUAGACCCCCCGCCUUCCUUAUCCUUUUCCAGUACUUUCGUUCGCUCAUUCCCCCCUUUAAUUGUGGUGCUCUUCCGAACUUUUGUGCAUUGGAAACGAAUACGAAGAGGCCCCUUCUGGCGUGUAUCUUUCUCCGAUUCGGCCGCCUAACAUUUGGCGGCGAUGGUAGAGUCGUCGGCGGAAGCGCGCGCAUUUCCGGCCCUUGGGGACUUGUUGGUCCCGGCACUUUUGAGACGUCUUCUGCCGCGCCGUCUUCUUCUUCUGCUUCUUCUUCUUGGGCCUUGUUGUCGUCUAUCAAUCGGCAAAACAUGCACACACACACACACACACAUUGAGACCCCAAAACGGAUACACGCAAACGUCUUCUUGCUCCCCCACAACCAGCACACUCCUCUUUUCUUCGCCUUGUCUCCAAAAUCUCGGAUGCGGCCGCUACGACUUCUGCUGCCGCUCCCGCUUGUACAGCUUUAAGAAAUGCUCCAUUUGAGCACUUUUUUGAACAUUUCUAGACAGAUUGUAGCGUUUUAUGGGUUUAUGUACAGAGUUACAGUAUCAACGUUGUCUUUGAUCGAUUAACCCUUUCUAGGCAACUCACAAAGUAUAAACGGAGUCAGUUUGAUAAGUUACAGCUAUUCGAAGUUGAAGCCAUUUCUAACUGAUACUGUCAAACAUCCUGAACGUUAUUAUAAAAGUACAGUAUGCACUAUAUCUUUUACACUUCUCAAAAUGUUCUUACAUUCUUUACUCUCAUCCUCAAUGCUUUCCCUUUUUAGAGCUCCUCGGUGCCAAAUGGGAGUCAAGUAGAGCACGGAAUAAUGAGAGACGAAGUCAGAUCGUUCUGCCUCAAAGUCACCACUUUCGUCCGAACUGUAAGUGUUCGCUGCCCUCUGAACAUCCUUGAAUUCCGUUCUUUGAGGCCACAAUCUUCACAAUCACCCAUGUCGGACUCUGCUUCCUCGUCGCACUUUACGCGGUCGCCGGCGCGUUCAUGUUCCAGGCAGUCGAGUAUCCGUACGAGCAGGGACUGCAGGGAAAAGUGAAGAAUGCGUCGGAGAAGGUGGGGGGAAGAACGGCAUCGGUUUGGAUUGCUGGACAGGUUGAUUGCAGGUAGUUGAUGACAUCUAUCGGUUCAUAAACCGAAAGAAUGUGAUCGAGGAGACGGCGGUGAAGAAUGAGUCGCAGUGGGCGUUGAAGGAAUUCGAAAUGCUUCUGGUGCACGCCAUGAACUUUGAAGGUAAACGAUUAGAAACAAGCACCGUCCCAAUUUGAUCCAUUCUUAGUUGAAUUUGUCCAUUACUUUCAUGAGUAUCGCGAAACUAACAUUAUUGUUUUGAUCCCCUUCUGACUUCGCUUCUGACUAGUUCUAUUUAUCCGCUGAACGCUCUUCUGACUUGAGUUCUUUCUGACAAAACAGUCGGCAAAAUCAGAAGAGUUCUGACUUUGAACACUUGGUAACUGGGUCAGAAGCGGACAGAUAAACAGAUUGGGCCGACUAAAUAGCGAGUGUGUUCUCUUUCAGGAUACGACGAACACGACGAGGAGCGGCCCACUUACCAGUGGACAUUCUCGGGAGCGCUUCUCUAUUCAAUCACCGUCUUCACAACCAUCGGUAAGAGUUUCAUGAAUACCAGCCCAACUUUGCGUAUUUCUCAUUUCAAAUUCUUUGUCAUAUCAUCUCUCCCGAAUGCGUGUCGUUGUGACUCCCUUGAGGACAUUUCUCGACGAGCCCUCCAAACUUUUUCUAAAUUUAGACCACAAGGGGUUGUUGUUGUUGUUUUUGGAAGUUGACCCCCUCCAUCAAAUGUCUGUGCUCAAUGAGCACUCAUAUCUAGAACUCGUUCCAUUCGACCAGAAUAGAAAGAGAAAGAACAAACUUCAGAUUGAUUACGUCAUUUCCCGAGAGACGAACUCUUUUUUUCUUUCUUUCUUCUCUCGGAACAAACGUUGAUAAGAAAAAUGGAGCGAAAUGUCAAGGGACACACGAGAAUAUGAACAAGUUUUCAGGUUACGGUCACAUUUGCCCCAAAACCGACACUGGCCGUCUGCUGACCAUCCUUUACUCGGUCCUCGGAAUCCCUCUGAUGCUUCUCUGCCUCGCCAACAUUGCAGAAACCCUCGCUCAAGUAAAACGUUCACUUCUGAUCAUUCUGGUAAUCCUCUCGCUUCAGGUGUUCACCUACAUUUACUUCAAACUCUGUUGUGCCUAUUGUCGUUGGCAAAAGAAUCGGAGACGUGUGAGGAGGGCCGCGUUGAGCUUCCGAUACCAUCCGAACGCCGCCGUCAAUGUGCGGAGGGUUCAGAGCUCGCGGAGCAAUCAGCGCUACAAUACGAUCAGAAGACAUGCUUCGUUGAAUAGGUCGCGAACGAGAAGCAAUGAUACCAAAUCGGUCAGGAGCUUCAACAGGUGAUAAUGAGCUCGGCAACAUUGCUUCUACGCUUUCCUUCUCUCAGAUACGACUCAACGACGACUGCUCCGCCCCCGCAGAGAUUCGACACAAUGUCUCUGCCCGGUCGCCGGAAGAUCAGCACUCAGAGCAGAAGUCCGAACGGCACAAUACCCCGACUUCCCAACUUUCCACAGGCGAAAAGGUUCGUGGCCCGGAGUGAACGAUGAUUGGCCAUGUGAUCCAGAUCACGUGCUAAACGUUUUCAGAAGUUUCAGAGGAGCCAAUUUACAAAAGUCGAACACUGCGAUAAAUAUGGAGCAGUUGUACACGGACGAGAAGAAGAAGAGGCGAGGAAGGCACGCGAUCAGUGAGAGUCCAGCCCGGGAAUACAAGGGUGAGCGGCGAGGACUACUGUAGAAACGUGUCAUCUUAUCCGUUCAGGAGGUCUUCUAGUCCGUGCACAGCACCAACCGGAAGAAGGCGUCGUGGAUCUGAAGGCGUACGGCGGAUCGGCUGCCGCAUUCCACGACCUGGUGACCAGAAAACAGAGAAGGGACGACAACGUCGUCGGUGUGCCAAACGUCAUCAUUUCACGGAGCAGAGAUGAAGACGUCAAGUCGGAUCCCGAGAAGACGGAAGAGACAAGUGUAAGUGGACAGAGAUUAUGGAGUGGAGAACAAGGGAAGCGAUUGCAGAUGUCGCUAACUGAUGACGAGGAAAUGCAGAAGCCGAGGAACAAUUGCGCCAGGGAAUUGAGAGAGAAGGAGAUGAUGAUGAUGCACUCAAUGACCCACAAACAGCCGAGCAUGGACAGUUCCACGUCGAGGAGAAUGCGCGACAUCGACGGAAGAAGCUACAGAUCGGAUCGAUCCGAACGCUCCGACGAGAUGUCGUUGCACUCUCUCAGACGGAAUGUGAGCUUUCCUUUCCAUUGAGGUUGAGAGUUCCGAAUACGUAUUCAGGGCCAUCGAUCACAUGAGAAAAUGCCAGUCAGCGUGGGCAUUUGCAUCGUUUUCGCGUUCAUUUCGGGUGGAGCGUGGCUGUUUGCGUGGUGGGAGAAUUGGAACGGUUUCGACGGAGCCUACUAUUGUUUCAUCACUUUAAGGUGAGCAGUCUGAAUUAGUUUUUGCCUCCAAAAUCCAAGAUCCUGCAAUUUCAGCACAAUCGGCUUCGGAGACAUCGUUCCCGGACAAGCGUUGGACGAGGGAAGUCAGGAGAAACUGAUCGUCUGCGCUCUUUAUCUCCUCUUCGGAAUGGCGUUGAUCGGUAUGAUCUAUAUGAGAAUUCGAAUUAUUAGAGAAGAGAACAUUUUCAGCAAUGUGCUUCAAACUGAUGCAAGACGACGUCGUCCAGAAAGCCAGAUGGCUCGGCCAGAAAAUCGGAAUUCUCGGUGAGCUCUUGUCUGCCUGUCAUCCUGCUCCGUUUCGUAUUGUUGCUUCGCUUCAGUUGCCUCAGUUUCAUUUCAGCUCGGCCGUUCGAAUUGUCUCGUGAAAUCGCAAAACACGCCGUUUUUCUGUUCGGAUACUCGCUUUCAAGUACUGCUUUUCCCAUAGCUUUUCUCAAAAUGCUUCCCCCUUUUCAACGUGAUCCUUUCAGUCCGCGACGAAUCCUCGGAAUCCGAAUCCGAUUUCGACGACGAUAUGAUCGAAGAGGACGAGGAGGACAUGAGCGAGGAGCGCAACGAUCAGGUAUAUGUGAGUAGAAUAGAGUCGAACGACGACUGUUUCGUCGGUUCGUUUGAAGCGCAAUUUGAGACGGUUUUUAGGAUAAACGUACGAUUUCGUCGGGAUCUUCGAAGCAGAACGAGGAGUACAUUCAUCCGAAGAGGUAUCAUCAUCGACGAUGA